CAGCAGGGGGCCGCCAGGUCGAGACGGAGUCGCCUGGCUCGUGCGACGUGGAGCAGACACUCGCAUACUCUGCUUUGAUUGAGUGGUUUAGUUGGAUAAUUCAGAUCGUGUGUCUGCCUUGGGCUCUGGCUCCGACCGUGACGAGCAUUUGGUGUCGGUUACGUGAAACAAUCUCUACGUCGUGGAGUGUGCUUCUUACGCGACAUCCUGCGUCGUACUUCGGUGAUACGAAGCCCACUGGUAGUCGCCACUCGACAACUACUUCUAUCACAUCGACCGUCUCCAUCGUCUCUGUCGUCUCCAUCGUCUCGUCCUACCAGCUGCGAUGUCUGUGCAGUCGGCGAAGCUGGGCGCCUUCUGCCUGCUGCUGAUCAGCUCUCUAACGCUGGGCCUGCUACCGUUCUGGCUCACAGCCUGUCUGAAGCGACGUCAGACUGCUGGGGGUGGCGGUGCUGCCCGGCUGGCCAUCUCCUGCCUACAGUGUCUGGGUGGGGGAGUUCUUCUCGCUACCGUGUUCACCCACAUGCUGCCCGAGGUGCGGGAGGGCCUGACGACAGCGCUGGGUGGAGAGCCGACUCUGCCGUUGGCUGAGCUGCUGCUCUGUGUGGGUAUGUUCGGUAUCUACCUACUGGAGGAGCUGGCGCUGCUCUGUGCCCGCGGAGGGACGGAGAGGAGGGAGAAGGAGGAUAAGGAAGAAGAGGAGGAGGACGAGGAGAGGGUGCUGUAUGACGCACGGAUGGAGAGCGCCCUGCUGCCGCCGGCGGAGCGGCAGUACGGGGCUGUCUCCGGCCGACCGACCGCUGCUGGGGACACGGUGUGGCCAGUGGCCACCCCCGUCCACGGCCACACCCACUGUCACAGCGCAGCGGCGACCACAGCGACAGCCUCCGCCGGCGGUCAGACCGGCCUGGCCUCGUUCCGCGUGCUGAUCGUGACGGCCGCGCUGUCGGUGCACUCUGUGUUCGAGGGCGUGGCCAUCGGCCUGGAGCCCUCCGAGCCCAGCGUGUGGCUGCUGACGGCCGCCAUCGCCACCCACAAGGCCAUCAUCGCCUUCUGCUUGGGCGAGCAGCUGGCCUCAUCGCUGACCAAUCGGCGCCGCGCGCUGGCCUCGCUGGCCGGGUUCGUGGUGGCUUCUCCGCUGGGUGUGAUACUGGGCGCUGUGCUGACUGCGGGCGGCGGCGCUGGCCACGAGCUACCCUCAGCUGUACUGCAGGCUCUAGCCGCCGGCACAAUCCUGUAUGUCGUCCUCUUUGAGAUAAUCCAGGGAGAGCGAGCUAAGCCGGGUCCCGGCCUGGCCCGGCUAGCAGCCAUUCUGUUCGGGUUUGGCUUCAUGCUGCUGGUGGUGUGCCUGGUGAGAGAGCCGGAGGAGGAAGAGCAGGGGAGCAGCCAGCUGAAGUCGCCGGUCGCCAGCGUGGCGCCGGGGGUGAGGAGGAGGGUCAUCCUGCCGUCGGCGAUGCGACACUAAAUGGUGUCUCGGAGUUUGAUAUGAUGCGGUUUUCAUACGAUAUUGACAAGCUGGAGUUGCGCAACUAGCGAUCGGUUGUGGAGUUAUGCUGAUGCUCGUGAAUGAAAACCACAAAUCCAUGGCAUUAUUAAUUAAUAAUGAGCAGGUGUUAUCAUAACGUAAUUGAGUGAACCGCUCAGGGUCGCCUGGCAUGGUGUUUCUUACAACGACCAACAAUUUACACGCGGUUCAGAGCUCGCUCAUUCGCCACUCUGAGACAGCUGGGCCAAACUACUAUAGUGCAGUGGAGGAAGUGACUAGCAAGACUGGUUGAGUCUGUACUAUGUGGGUCACGAAGUGGUGUGAGCUGAGCUUUUGACCGCUCACUGCACGGAGCUUCAGAUCAGGUCAUGCGUAGUGCACAUUCGUGGCUAAUUGGUUAUGUUUGUAACGAGUCAAGCUGUCAUUUUGACUUUUCUGUCGUGUGACAUCCAUAUUUACUUAGCAGCUGUAUAUAAUGCGUGCUAAUAUACAGGUCAAAUACAUUAUUGAAAUAUGAAAGA